CAGGUACUUCUCUAAUUUGCUUCUUUAAUAUGUUUUGCUGUUCCUUUCAUUUUCAUUGUCUGACUACAUAAGAAUUGUACGGGGUUGCAUUUGUAGUGCGAUUGCUCAUUUUAUUUGGCUGAAGUUGAGCUAGCACAGCCUUUCAUUUGUCGCUGAAAUUAGCAACAGCUUAAACUUGCCUAAGAGCGAUGUCAUCUGGGUUAACUUGUAGCCCCUUGAGAUAUAGCAUGGGCUUACCUGCAAGAGGGCUAGGAUCACAUAAGAAGCAGUUCUCGUUUGUGCCUAGUUUUGGGUUAUCUACAAAUCUUCUUUUUUUGGAGAGAAAUGGUUUGGCUGCAUCAACUUGGAGAUAUAAACAGAGAGUGCCUUCUGUCAAAUGUGCAAUGGACGCUACCUUUGGAGAUUCUAGUAAUGACUCAACUGUUAUAUUUCCUAGAAUUAAUGUCAAGGAUCCUUACAAGCGACUAGGCAUCAGUAAGGAAGCUUCAGAAGAUGAAAUUCAAGCUGCUCGGAACUUCCUAAUACAAACAUACGGAGGACACAAGGCCAGUGUGGAUGCAAUUGAAGCAGCACAUGAUAAAAUCAUUAUGCAAAAAUUUUACGAAAGGAAGAACCCUAAGAUCAACGUCAAGAAAAAGGUCAGGGAAGUAACCCAGCAUAAAUAUGUCCAGGCUGUCACGAGCAGGUUUAGAACCCCAUCCACUAGGGUCAUUGUAAAAACUUCCAUAGCUUUCUUGGUACUUGGAGUGCUGAGUGUACUCUUUCCAACGGAAGAAGGCCCAACACUUCAAGUUGCUAUCUCUCUGAUAGCCACAAUGUACUUCAUUCAUGAUCGCCUCAAGAGCAAAUUACGUGCUUUUCUCUAUGGGGCUGGGAGUUUUGCUCUUUCGUGGCUUCUAGGAACGUUCUUGAUGGUUUCUGUGAUGCCACCAAUACUCAAAGGGCCAAGAAGCUUGGAAGUGACGACGUCAUUGCUAAGCUACAUUAUCCUUUGGGUUUCAUCUACUUAUCUUAGAUAAUCACUUCUUUUAUACAUAACCAAAGUUUUUCAGAUCAAUGGUAGCUUCUUGCAGUAAUGGAAGAAUCAGAUGUGCUCCCAGUUGCUAUUCUUACGGUUAAAAAAUGUCGGUACAGAUUGAUGGAUAGAUUUCUCUGCAAUUUGUUUGAAUUUAUCACGUAGCGAGGACAAUUUUCCGUAGAUGAGGCUUAGAAGGUUGUUGAGUUUUGUGAAGAUGGCUUUACAUGAAACCUUGAGACUACUGUUAUGAGUUAAUCUCACUUGUCACCAAGGGCUAAUUCACUGUUUUAUUUAUAUAAUUAAUAGAUAAUCUUUUUUCUCAAAUAAGAGGAUCAAUGUUGUUGGACCAGUUUCAGCAAGGAACGUGUCUCCUUUUGUAGGAUUAUUUGGUUUGAGCAUGUUCUGUUGUAUCGAAAGAGACAAGAAUUCUUGUCUAGUUGCAAUGUAACAUGUAAAUGUUUAAUGAGAUGAUGGAAAAUAUAUUCGUUGGUGAAUAUUUUUGACAA